UAAAACACAAAUAAGCAUUCUAUAGACAACCCUUUUUAUCUUUGUGUAAGCAUGUCCUGAAACUUCAAUCAUUCUCCUAGUAGAGGGAGGUUCUUUCAACUACAAUUAUCCCAGUUUAAGAACAGGACUUGGUGUAUCUUAUUCCAGACUUUUUAUUCUUUGGGUUUAUAUAUGUUUCAGAAGAAUCUUGACUUUCCUCCAGAGCUAACUUUAUGGGGUUUGCCCCACAUCUCUUUCUUUGUCUUUCCAGGUUGGGGCCAUGGCUACCUUUACACGGGAAGAGUUUUACCAGCAGCUGUUGAGUAGUUGUGUGCUGCCAACUGCUCAGCAGGGUUUUGAACAGGUUUGGACUCUGCUGCUCUUGUGUCUAGCUUGCCGUCUCCUAUGGAGGUUAUCUCUACCAUCCUAUGUUAAGCACCUGAGCACCAUCGCUAGUGGCUUCUAUGCCCUCUACCACUUUUUUCAGCUGCAGAUGGUGUGGGUUGUGCUCCUCAGCCUCUUGUGCUACCUGGUUUUAUUCCUGUGUCGCCACUCAACCCAGCGUGGAGUUCUGCUCUCCAUCACCAUCCUCAUCUAUUUGCUUAUGGGAAUGUACAGUGACUUAAAUGAACUCCUUUUUUCUCGCUUUCUAUCAGCUUUAACUUUGUUUAAUCCUUCUCUCUCCUCCCUUACUUUCUCUCAUUGGGAUCAUAUCCCUCGUGACAGGAAGCGCAGAAGCAGAAGUACUUUAAUGAGGUGGCUCAGGGCUUAUGAGAGUGCCAGUUCCUUCCAUUUCAGCAAUUACUUUGUGGGCUUUCUGUCUGAGACUACAGCCACCCUGGCAGGAUCAGGUUUUACAGAGGAAAAGGAGAAUUUGAAAUGGGACCUGACAGUAUCUCGUCCUGUGAGGGUGGAGUUGCCACGUUCUAUGGUGGAGGUGGUAACCAGCUGGAACCUACCAAUGUCACGAUGGCUAAACUCCUAUGUCUUUAAGAACUCCUUGAAACUGGGGACCUUCUCGGCCAUCAUUGUAACUUAUGCAGCUAGUGCCCUCUUACAUGGGCUGAGCUUCCAUCUGGCUGCUGUGUUGUUGUCACUUGGCUUCAUCACUUACAUUGAACAUGUUCUCAGAAAGAGGUUGUCUGUCAUCUUUGAUGCCUGUAUACUCUCCAAGAAGUGUCAACCAGGAUGCUCACAUCGGAACAGCACGAAUCUCUGGGUUCGUCUCCUCAACGUGCUCUUUGGGGCUCUCGCUGUCUUCCACUUGGCCUACUUAGGCUCAUUAUUUGAUAUGGAUGCCGAUGAGACUAUGGAAGAACAGGGCUACGGCAUGUCUUACACCAUCAACAAAUGGUCUGAGUUGAGCUGGGCCAGCCACUGGGUGACCUUCGGGUGCUGGGUCUUCUAUCGUCUCAUCAGCUGAAGCAGGACUGUCAUGUGAACUUGAAGAGAUGGAGCAGGGGAUGGGUGGAGAGGCAGAACUGAAAAGACUCCUCACCUUCAAGAACAUUGGAUGCCCGCCAUCGACUUGAGUGCCAUGGAUAUGGACUGAUUCAUUCUUUCUCUGGGAUGCUGAUGGAGGGAAGGGGCUCCCCAGCAGUUCAGUUGUGUGCCCUAAAGAGGGGAGGAACGUGCGUCCCAUGUAGAAAAGGCUGGUCGAGUACCACAGUAUUUUCCUGAAUACCUAUUUUUAAAAAGCCUUUUCUUCCUUUUCCAACAUGGUCUGCACUACAGUAUCUAUAAUAUUCUUCCAUUGGCUUCCUGGGGCUUGUAGAAGUUGUUAUCUAGAAGGUACCAGAUUGCCAGUUCAGAUAUUAUACCUCUUGUACCUUUUUGAGGAAAAUCUGGCUCCUGCCAGGUCCUUGUUUAACACUCCCUCUAGUGGUAAUUGAAGAAACUGCACCAACUUUCCCUCCCCUCUGAAUUUGUUUUUACUGCAUGUUUUUUUGCCUCUUUUUGCUCUCUAGCGGCUGCAGGCGGGAGCUGCACCCGUUGCUUCCGAGGUACCUCUUAUUACUCCUUAUGGAAUUCUGUCUUUGGUGUAAAGCCUGAUGAUUAGCCAGUGGGAAUCAUGAUGCUUUAAACAGCAUUGAAGAUGCUGUUGAUUAUCUUUAUAAAUAGGGCAGUUUGUGUAGAUGUAGUAGCUUUCUCUGUUUUGCUUCUUGGAUUUUUCAGACAAUCAUGGCAGAAGCAUUGUUGAGGCCAAGGCGAAGAGGGCUGGAAAGACUGGGAAAAAGCACAAGCAAUUCUAACUAGGGAUAAUCCUCAAGGAGAACUGAACCGUUUGAAAUGUUCACUUAUCUGAAUCUAUGGAUUUCCUGUUCAUUUCAAUUUUUAUCCGCUGUGAUGAUGGGGCAGAAACUGGCAGCGUUUUUAAAAAUCGGAGCGUAGCUGCCUGCUCAGAUAUUUAAUUCAGUGUCAAAUUCUGCACAGAAGCUUAAACUGCACUAGUAAUAGCAUACAAUUGAUUUGGAUUAAUUGAUCUGGAAUAACGCUUGCUCCAUAGUUGAAUAUAUUGUGAAUAAAGUGCCCACUAAGGGUUUUUAAAAAAGGAGGGAGGGAGAGGAGAACCAUCGUGCCUUGACAUAUGUUACCCUCCUGUCUUUUUAAAAAAACCCAACAGCUUAUUUGAGU